CACCAGAGGAACCCAAAGGUUCUGCUGCCAACCGCCUGGUUAGGCCUGGAGUAUGCUCAGAUGGCUGGUAAAGACAAUCCAGUGGAGCUCCAAUCCCAGCCUUCCUACAGGAACUUACAACGGCAUGAGGCGGCAGGACGCCGCCGUUCCUGGUCUGUGGAGUUGUUACGCAAGUUGAGGACCAUGGAAAUCAACCAGAAUGACAAGUUUGCCAAUAUCAUGGAAGCGGUGGGGACAUUUGGCCCAUUCCAGAGAAGGCUGGUGGCCCUGGCCUUCAUCCCCAACCUUCUGGCAGUUGUAUUCAUGUAUGCCGACCUCUUCGUGGCCGCAGAGCAGAAGGCCUAUUGCAACACCAGCUGGAUCCUGGCUGUGGGCCCUAACCUGUCAGUGGCUGAGCAGCUGAAUCUGACCCUGCCCCGGCACAGCAAUGGCAGCUUCAUGACAUGCAGCAUGUUCCUGCCUGUGACCUGGGAUCUGGAUUCCAUCAUCAAGUUUGGCCUCAACUACACACAGUCAUGCAGCCAGGGGUGGAUCUAUCCUGAGAGCAAGAGGAGAUCAGUAAUCAAUGAGUUUGAUCUGGUGUGUGGUGAGGACUUUUCCCCGGAAGCCGUGCAGUCCAUGUUCCUGACGGGCCUCCUGACAGGGGCACUCAUCUUCGGGUUCAUAAGUGACAAGAUUGGCCGCUACCCCUCCAUGCUGCUUUCGAAUGUGGGGAUAAUCAUCUUUGGCGUUGGGACAGCCUUCGUCAACAGCUUUCAGCAGUACCUGUUCUUCCGCUUUGGGGUGUCCCAGUCCCUGGUGGGCCACACCAUCAGCAGCAUGGCUUUAACUGUUGAGUGGCUAGUGGGCGAGCACCGGGCCCACUCCAUCAUCCUGAGCCAGAGCUUUUAUUCUCUGGGGCUCAUGUUCCUGAGUGGGCUUGCCUACAGCCUUCCCCACUGGCGGUUGCUGUUUCUGUUAGGCACAGCCCCUGUGGUAUUCCUCGUCUCCUUUAUCUGGAUUUUCCCAGAGUCCCCUCGGUGGCUGUUGGUGAAGGGGAAGGUGGAGGAGGCCAAGCAGGUACUGCGCCGUGCAGCCGAGAUAAACAAGACGACCAUUCCUAUAAGUCUGUUGGACAAGCUACAGGUGCCUGGAAAGAAGGUGACUAAUGCCUCAAUCCUGGACUUCUAUAAUAACAGGCAACUGCGCAAGGUGACCUUGGUGAUGGGCUGUGUGUGGUUUACUAUUGGUCACAGCUAUUCUACGCUGACCUUGAAGAUGAAGGAUUUUGGUGUGAAGCACCAGAUGAGCGAGAUAAUUCCUGGCAUGAUGGGGAUGCCUGCCCGGCUGUGCUGCAUCUUUCUUUUUGAGCAGUUUGGGAGGAAGUGGUGUAUGGCUGGGGCUCUCAUCCAAGGCAGCUUCAUGAACUUGCUUGUCCCUUUCAUCCCCUCAGAGUUGAAAACCACGAUGAUGUUGUUGAUCCUGGUGGGACAACUCAGCCUGGCCGCCUUGAUCAGCAUGUUCUUCGCCUACAGUGCGGAGCUCCUGCCUACCAUCCUCAGGACAACGGGUCUGGGGCUGCUGACUCUGGCCUGGGCAUCUGGAAACAUGGUGUCCCUGUUACUCAUCAGCUGGAGUCCGCCCUCCGUAACCAAUUAUAUUAUCUACGUCUCAACCAUUUUGUCCCUGUCCCUCUUCUAUAUGCUUCCAGAGACGAAGAAUAAGCCCCAUGUCGAUAUUCUGGAGCAGUUUACCUCGUACAGAAGGGCCUUUAGCUGGGAUAUGAGCAAAGAAGACUUGUUGGCUGAGGAGAAAUUAUAUAGUGAACUGAAUGAGGAAGUGGCAAAGAACACCCUUUUCAAUGCCAUGAUGGAACCGGAACCAGACUUAUUCAGCCCACCUUUGACUACCAAAGAAGUGUCCACAAGCAGUCAGGAAGCCUGAGGGCCAGGCCCUCGGAAGAUCUCGGAUGGAGUUGAGUGGCUGAGUAUGGGGCCGUGAACUUCAAGCCGCAAAUUCUGGGCCAAGUUCAGCUUCGGGGACAGGGUCAGCCCUACUCUGAGGUUAGCCCUCGAGAUCCAAAAAUAGCUCCUCUGGGGGGAGCUAAGGCGUGAUUAAUUCUAAUAAAGGUACCAUGUUAGACUUGA